AUGAAGGGAAUUGCUCUUCUUUCGCUUUUUAGCGCUGCACUAGCCCAUCCGGCUGGCCUUUGGUGGGGUACCGAUGUCUGCUACACCAGUCCAGAGAAUACCGACAAUCAGUGCUCGGAUGUUCAGCAGAAAGGCUUUGACCUGUCUGAGUUGGCAAACGGUGACAAUUGGAGCUUUGAAGGCUUCCACUUCGUUGGGCUCGAGCCCAAGAAUGGCUGUCAUGGAUCUAGUUACGGGGGUACUUGUCUUGGGGGAAAGCUUUCUCGUGAUGAUGACUGGACAAUCAAGAUUUCCGCCGCCGACGCUCCAUUCUCAAUCCGAAACUUCCAUCUUUCAACUUCCCGGAACACUGAUAUCUUCAUCAUCUAUGAGAUGCCUGAUGGUUCUUCCUGUCACCACGUCACUUCGAGCUCGUACAAGGGAACCGAUGUCGGCAAUGACCAGUGUGGCGGUGCUGUUUCAGUCGAGUUCACGCUUCCCGAAGAGAGCAAGUUCGGUGAUUGUGAUCUCGAGAUCCAUUCAAUCGACUUUGACUGCUCUACUGGGUCCAAGCCACCAGUUCCUGUCAUUGAACCCCCUCACUCUCACUCUCACUCUCACUCUCACUCUCACUCUGAGCCUAGCCCGAGCUCGACUGUUUCUUUGCCUCCUUUCCAUUGGACCUCAUCCGUGCCGCAUGUUCCUACGACUAGCAGCUCAUUCCAGCAUUGGACGACUUCCACGGUCUGGACUACCGAGGAGAUCACCAUCACUCAAUGCCCACCAACCGUAACUAACUGUCCUGCUCAUUCAACUGUUUUGAUUACAUCUACAUAUCCACUGUCAACCACAGUCUGCCCAUCUACGCCCGUGCAGACGGUUCAUUCGGACCCCCGAAGUCGACUGCUUCCUUGCCUCCUUUCCAUUGGACCUCUCUGGACUACCGAGGAGAUCAUCGUCACUAAAUGGGCAUCAACUGCAACUGAAUGCCCUAGUUCUUCAACCGUUCUUACUACCUCUACACAUCCACUGUCAAGCACGCCCUGCUCGUCUACGCCCGUGCAAACGUCCACUAGCACAAGUUGCACCUCGUCUAUGCCCGUGCAAACGUCCACUAGCACAAGUUGCACCUCGUCUACGCCCGUGCAAACCCCUAGCACAAGCUGCACAACAUCUCAUUUCGUCCAUUCGCACACUACUCCAAUUAGUACCCCAACCCCAAUCGCGCCCAGCCCGCCCGCUGUUACUGCCCCUUGCCCCAACGUGGUCCCCAAGUGUCUCAACACAUGGCUCUCCAUUCCUAAGUGUGACUCCAACAGCGACGUGGGAUGCUUCUGCCCAUCCACCGAGUUUACGGACAAAGUUAGCGGGUGCAUUCGGGCCUGGAGCACCUCCCAGACGGAGGAAGAUUCCGCCCUUGCUUACUUCGCUGGUAUUUGCGCCCCCUUCGUCCCGGAGAACCCUGCUAUUGUAGACAUCGCUACAACCUGCACUUCUCCCCUCGUUCCCAAGACCACUGCUGGCCCUCAAAUCACUGGCAACACACGUACCUUUGUUGAGACUGUUGGUGUAGCCACGACUGUCCCUCAGACUCCUUGUACCACUAUCAGCUGGGCCUUGCACACAGCAACUGUGCCGCUCGUUGGGUUCAGCACAGUCACUUGUUCCUCUACAACAUCUGUGAAUCUGGUGGUUGUUACUACGACCAGUACUCCUUCCAAGACCCAUCACUAUGCGCACGCGUCCUCCUCGAAGAUGACAACUAGCUGCAAGCCCACCUCUUCUCUUCCGCCAACUGCCCCUGGGAUCACUGUCUCCAAGCCUUCAGGAUCCGAGCCAACUGAAACUGUCGCUUACGGAAAUGUUGGAUCGAAACUACCCUUGUGUAGUCUCUGGGCUUUUGGUAUUUCCCUUCUGGCGCUUUUCAUCUAA